GAAACGAUGAUCAUCAACCAAACAGGAAGCACUGAUGCGGGUCGUUAGUUCUGUCAACUUCUUAACGCCGACAGAAGUAGCCCAAUUGGCUGCUUCGACAGGCUUGAGUCAAUCUUCAACAUUCACCAAAAGGCAAACCCAAAUACUCGGAUUUCUACAAGCCUUAGGAUCUCGAAUCGGAUUUCCUCAAAGGACCAUAGCCACAGCUCAAUUGUUGUUUCUUCGAUUUCAUCUCUUUUUCAGUCCAGGAGAGUUUUUACCUCAUGAAGUUGCAAUCGCAUGCACAGUCGUUGCUUCCAAAAUUCAAGAUACACCUAAAAAGCCAAAGGAGGUCGUACUCAGCAGUUGGGCUUUACGAUUUCCAGAGAUGGUACGUAGUACACCCAAUGUGAAAGCUACAGCAACAAAUAAGAGCGUGACAGAUACAAGUAGCUCUGUCCCUCAAGCCCAAUUAGGUCUUGGCAUCAUCUCAGAAAGUGACGUAGAUGCGGCCGCAGUGGAAAAGGAGAGAAAGAGAGCUGUUUCGAUUGAAUCAUUGAUACUUCAAAGUAUCACAUUUGACUUCAACGUCCACGUCAGUGAGAGCUUUCGACUAUCUCUCAAGAUUUGUCGAUUUUGGAACCUCGAUAAAGACUUUGCGAAGCUAGCAUGGCAGAUCACAGCAGAUUGUCAUCGAACAUAUGCGCCUAUAAGUUAUCCUCCUUCAACAAUCGCAUUAGGAUCAAUUUACUGUGCGGCUCUUCUGAGACAGCGUGCAUACAAGGGGGAUAACGAUAUGGCUUCUGAUACUCUUGCCAAGUUCAAGUCACAAUCCAUCAUCAGUCUUACCCGAGAAUUCUCCACUACUAUCGAUUGUGUGGAAGAGGUGGUUCAUGCUUUGUUGGAUCUCUACUCACUCGCAGCACCUACCUUGAACAGCGGCAUCCUUUCGUCAUCCGCUACACCACUCUCACCCGCAACGCCAGCCUCACCUGCCGAACCUGCAAUUGCAGAACACAACAACAACGAAACCAAUAAUCGCAAAUUACCAAGUCACAUCUCUUCCCCGCCUCCGUUUGGUAUUUUGUUUUGGCUUUCUUAUAUUUUGGGAGGGAUUGCUCCUGUUGUCCCAUCAGAGAUCAUUGCUGAUUUAACGCAAAUCAAGAUUGAUUUACGACAAAAUGAAGAUCAACGAAAACGAAAUGCAACAGAGCAAGACACAAACCCACGCCUGGCAGAAGCUUCCCUUCUUGUACGUGCAUUCGACAAGGGAGGCGUAUUGGGUGACAUAGAACAAGGCAAUCCAGAUUCUAUUGAUGUAUUAACAGCCUCUUGGCAAGCACGCGAUCAGGAUAAACAGUAUGCAUCCUUACAAAGAUUUUUAUUCUAGGUAUGUAUUUGUAUCAUCACAAUUUGUACUUUUACUGCAUCAAAUCGUAUUUUUUUCGCUUUAUAU